AUGAAGGUUGGGAAAAAACCUGUGUUCAAGUAUCUAUCCUCAUCACUGAACUCUAACAAACUGGUAUCAGAGCUUGGACCUCAGAUCAUGGCCGAAGAUAUCAAUAACCAUGUCAUUCUCUCACAGCCCUCAGUGUUUGUGUUCAAAGGGCAUGAGUACGGGAGGUGGAGCCUUCGCAUGAAGAUGGUGUUUUGGUCGCAGGAGUUGUGGGACCUUGUAGAAAAGGGGAUAUAUGAGUCUAAGGAUGAGGCAGUGGAUAGAGAAAACAAGAAAAAAGAUGCCAUGGCUUUGAGCAUCAUCCAACAGGCUAUAGACGACCCAAUUCUUGACCGAAUCGUGGAGGCAGAGACGGCUCAUGCAGCUUGGGUUAUGAUUCAGAAGCAGUACAAUGGAACCACCAAGAUAGCUUUAGUGAGGAAGCAAUCACUCAGACAAAACUUUGAGGUGCUCCAGAUGGAAGAGAAUGAAAGUAUUCAAGAUUAUUGUUCAAGAGUGGUGUUUAUUGUGAACCAGAUUCGUGGGCUUGGGUAUAAGCUCAGUGAAGAAGAAGUGGUAGCCAAAGUACUCAGAAGCUUGCAUCCAAAGUUUGACUUCGUAGUAGUUGCAAUUAAGGAAUCGAAGGACAUCACCAAACUCAGUUUGGAUGAGUUAAGCAGGUCUCUUCAGGCUCAUGAGAUCCGUGUGAAUAAGGGACUUGCUCAAGUUCAAACUCUGGAGGUUUUCAAGGAGAAGGCAGAGGUUGAGGAAGACAUUAUGGUCGAGAUAGAGGAAGAUCAAGUGGAAGAGGCAAACUAUUGGGCGAGAGAGAAGCAACAAGAGAAGGAAGUUAAUCUGGUUGCUGAGGAGAAAGACAUUAACAAUGUAUUCAUGGCUAUCAACUCACAAGAAGGUACUAAUUCAUCCAUCUGGCUCAUUGAUAGUGGGUGCUCAAACCACAUGACAGAAGAUAGAGGUUUGUUCAGUGUUUUGGAUGAGUCUCAAAAGGAGAGUGUGAGACUAGGAGAUGAUUAG